AUUUCAAUCGUUAUUAUAUACAAUAUAGGUUAACUAGAAGAUAAUGAUAUUUUAAUAACAUAAUUUGGCCAAAAAAGUUCGAUUGUUCAAGUUGUUGGUUAGAACGUCAUUAAAUAUAAUUAAUUCAAAGUCUGAAAAUUAUACAUGUAUUUAUUUUUAACUGGUGCCUCCUAUUUAAAUGUCAUGUAUGCAACCCCAACAGCUGUUGUUAUGGUCGAAUAAGCUUUUGACAUAACACUUUAUAACCUAAAAUAAAUUAUGCGAAUCGCUAAAUUUACAAUUUUUGAACCAAAAAUGUAUUCAUUGUGCAAAAUUACCACAGCAGCCGUUCGCGCUUCACAAAUACCAAAUUUAUUACCACGUCUAUCAGGCUUAAACAAACAGCAGGGCCUUCGAAGGUUGUGUACAAACAAGGGUAUUACAGAAGACACCCAGAAUACCAUUGUUGAAAAGGAAACAACAGUGCCGAGUGGUACGAGUUCAAAAAGUGGGUUUGCAUUAGCUUUUGAAAAGCACACAGAUGCGGCUACUAAUAAACCGGAAGAAUUUGUUGACGACGAAACGUUUGCUACAUUGUUAAGAAAAUCAAAGUUCAUAGACCUAGGGGAUCCCGAUGGCAAGAUUGUCAGCGGAAAGAUCUUCCACGUCGUUGGGGAUGAUUUAUACAUUGAUUUUGGCUGGAAGUUUCAUUGUGUAUGCACACGUCCAGCACGCAAUGGCGAGGACUAUGUACGUGGAGCACGAGUAAGGUUACGCAUUAAAGAUUUGGAACUGUCGACAAAAUUUUUGGGUUCAGAAAAGGAUUUGACUAUUUUAGAAGCUGACUGCCAUUUGCUUGGGCUGUUAUCAUCUCCAGCUAGACAAAGCACAAAGUCAAUAAACGUAAAUGAAAAACCAAGUGUAUUUGCAUAAAAUAUAGUCAUAAUCAAAUUGGUAUACAAAUAAACUUUACUACUUAAUUAAAAAA